AUGGAAAAUUUUAUCAAAAUAAACCACACCCUAUUUGUGGACCUGAAUAACUACCACGAGCAGGUAGACGAAACGGAAUACUUAAACAUUUUCGAAGCCAACUAUGUGGAAGGGGGUGCAAAUUACCAACAUGACGCGGAAACCAGCUGCAAAGUUGAAAUAAAACGCUAUGUGGACAUGUUUGUUGAGCUCGUAAAGGAUAAACAUGUCAGUUAUGACAUUUCUAAAAAGUUUAAGGACAGAAACUUAGAUAUUGUUAGGAUCAUUCAAGCUAUUAAUAAUUCCCAUGUGAAGGAGGAGGAAUUCCAUUUCACAAGGUUGAUGAUGAUCAUAUGUUUAAAGAAUUACAUUUUUCAUUACGUAAAUAAAUAUCUAAAGAGCAUCGUAAAGGACUACGAGAAGAGUAAGUACAAAAAAGAAGUAAAAAACUUCAACUGUUUGAUAUAUAGCAAGGGCAGUGGGGAGAUAUUCAAGGACAUAGGGAGUGGUGGCCAUCAGGAAUGGGAAGACAAGACUUAUUCACACAUUGAGGAGGCCAACUUUCUUUUCAUUAAAUUUUUAAGUGAAGAUAUUUGCAAAAAUUUUCAGUUGCUCGAAAAUGGCGAGAAUACCUCGAAACAUAUUAGCGAAAAAGAAUGGGCAUAUUUGAAAGAAAAAAUUUUGUUCCUAAUUAAAAAUUCGUGUGUAAUUAACUGUAAUGAAAGCAAUAAGUUUUCCACCCUGAUGGAGUUCAUUAACAAGAACAUGUAUAGAUCUUUUAAAAGGCACAAAAGCAUUGUAGAAAUGAAGAAGUUUAACAUAUGCUUAUAUUUCAUUGACAUAUUUUUUAACCUAUUUUUGAUAGAUUACCCCUACAAGUGGGGAAAUUUACUAGGCGACAUUUUCAGCACCUUUAAUUUUAUUUCUAUUUAUAAUAGUAACGACUUGGCGAAUGUGAUAAAUGGUGACUACAACUCGACGUUGAAUUUCUUAACCGAUUUGAUGAAUUCCUGUGCUGCAGCUAGUGAAAUGGAGAAUAGAAAAGAAGACGGGAAUAAUGGAGAAAACAACACCCAUCAGGUGGUUAUACACUUUCAAAACUUCUACUCCCUCAUCUUUUUAAUGAACAAAAUGGUGAAGAAGUACAUCCCCAGGAUGGAGGACAAUAACUCGUAUUCUGUGCUAUAUCACAGCUACUUCAUCUCGCACAUAAAUAGUAGCAAUAAGGACUUCCUGGAAAAGGGAGACUAUAGCGCUCUAAAAAUACCAUGUGAAAAUUUGUUAGCAGGGUUUAAGGACAUAAUAAGGAUAUUCUUCCCCAUUUUUAACCGACUGUUAUGUACUUUGUUGAAUUACCUGGAGAGUAUAUACGUCGUGUUUAUGGUGAAAAAGAUCGUGAAGUUUUUAUAUAAAACUUUGCUGUGCCAUUUUAGCAGCUUGCCAGAAGAAUUAAUGAAGAACGAACUUGAAAUAUUAUUCACAAAUAUAGGGAACAUAUUAGACAUUGAUUUGGAUGCUUACGUACAUAGGCUGUAUUUUACUAACACGAGUGAAUCGUCUGCUAAGGGGUCCAUAUCGGUUGCUAAAAUAACGGAAGAAACAUCAUAUGAAAAUUUAAGCGAACUUAUUCAUAACAAAGAUCACAAUGUAGAUAGGCUAUUCUUAAUCAUCCUGCUGAAGUCGAAAAAGUGGUGCUUAAAAAUGUUAAAUAUGUUUUUGUACAGAUCCAUUUACUUCGACGAAAUGAAUGAGACGUGGAAAUUGCUCCUAAAACAUUUCGAAAAUAAGUACAUCAUAUUUCUGGAAAAAAUUGCCCUUCUCAUUUUGAAAGCUAUUAUCAAUACGAAUUACACGGACGAGGAAAGAAUGCAUUACGACAAAUUGAUCUGCUACAUUAGAUACGUGAUGGACUUUACUGACUACUUGAAUUUCGCCGAUAAGUGCCUGUCGUUGUCGCUGAACUAUCUGUGCAUGAUAGUUUCUUUCGACCAUUUGCAGGUGUUCGUGAAGCAGAACAUUUUGAGCGAGGCGUUUUUAGGCUGUCUCUUCGUCCACAUAAGCAGUAGUUCCCACGUGGAGUGCGUCGACAAUUUCUUCACGAACGGAUCUCCUCAAAAGGAAGAAAGCUUGCUAUUUGACAAUCUGAAGUUCGAGAGGUACAUCAUCUGCUUCCAGAAAAUCCCGCUGUACCGAAAGUACCUGUCUGACUAUUACGACGACACCAAGUCGAAGAACGUGUUGAAGAAGUAUGUCAAUUACAUCAUUUUUCUCUUUUGCGAGUUGUUGGAUAAGUAUUUUUACGACAUCAUAUUUUACUUAGAUGCAAAUGUGAAGGAGCACUUGAGAACCUGUUUAGUUAUCCAGAACGAGUACAUGCACGUGCUUUACCCUGACAUGUUUGUGAAGAAGGAGAUGGACUUCUCCAACGACGUCAUGGAGAUUAGCUGCUACAAAAAGAGCAACCUUUUAAUUAACGCAGAGAUGUGCAUGAGAACAAAGAAUCAUAACAUUUACAUAAAUAGUGUGAUCGGCUCCAUUUCUGAGAUCAUUGAGAAGCACAUGAGGGAAAAUGACAUUCAGCACAAAGUGGACCUUUCGUCGUUUUAUUUAUUAAACAGUGACUCAUUUAACAGCUUCAUUUUUAUCAUUAAGAACUUGCCCUUGUAUAAGUAUUCGCAGGAGGAACUCAUUUUCAAAGAUCUGUACAGCAUGGAGAAUAAGCACAACUUAAACUUCAGCUGCCUGAUCAUGAACGACAUAAAUUUGUACAAGUACUUUUCCCUGUUUAUGUUUUUAGUGUACUACAAAUGGGUGUUUAUCACGAGGGUGCUGCGCGGCGUCAUAGACGAGGGGGUGUUACUGGGCGGGGUGGGAGCUCCCACAUCUGUCGCGUCAGACGAGGCAAACGCGACUGGCGUGUCUGGCUCAUCGCCCACGUGUCCCACUUCCCACACGAAUUCCAUGCCCACCACGCCCCCCACUUUUGCCGGCAACCCCGUCGACCAGGAUGAUGGCCGAACCAGUCGCGAAAGCGAAGACUUAACGGUCGAUGACUACAUCGAGGAGUACUGCAAAAACAAGAAGAAGUAUCAGCAGCACUUUAGUAGUGACGAAAUGGAAAUCGAAAAGUUUGACCAGAUUGUUACCGACUUUAAGAUCAGAGAUAAGUCCUUUUUUCUUAACUACAUGCUGGUGAAUAUAUUUCACCCCUACUCGAAUAAUCUGAAAAGAAUAAUCAUGUGGAUGUUAAAGGAAUACACCAGCAUGACCCGGUUCAGCGAAAACGUUAUGCAGUUCUUCUUCUACAUCUGCUUCAUAAAUCUGUUCUAUUUUGAGAAGCACUUAAAAUUUAAGUCAUUCGACACACUGAUUAAUUUAAUGUACAAGUAUGGGAUUCCCAGGCAAAUUUUCUACAAUGACUUUAGGGAAGUUUUCACAUUUUUAUUUUUCCAACUGUUAAUUUUGUUCAUAAAGAAUGAGUCCAAUUCGCAUGACAAUGAGUUUUAUGAAGACAACGUGAACGUGCUUCUGAGUCCGAAUUAUGAGAAGAGAUACUUUUUGAGCUACCUAAGAGGGGAAGAACAUAACCUCCUUCCCGACUACACAUGCGGUAAGACAAAAAUGUGGAGCAGUUAUCUGUACAACCAAGUGAACUGGUUCACCGACUUUUUUAUCAAUGAUGUGCUGUAUCAUAAUUUUCAAUAUUAUAUAGAGAAAAUGGACGUGAGGAAUUUAAACCAGUUCUUGAAUUUUAUAUCAUUAUUUUACCAAAACGAGAUUAACAACAACAUUUUUUUGUUUAUCAACUUGCUGAACGAGUCCUUAUUGGAGACCACUUCGUCCCACAUUUCUGAAAGCGACAAAGAGCAUUCUUCCUUUUUGAAGGCUUUGAAAUUCUUUUCCUUUUUUCUGGAACAUUACAAAAACGCUAGCAGUACACAGGAUGUGCUAAUAAUUAAGAUACUAGAGGGCGAAAAAUUUAUCGCCUACUUUAAGAAUAUAGUGAAGACGGUGAAGAAUCAUAUGUGUGAGGAGAUACUAAACGAGAUAUACUACAUACUGCACAUUUUUACGAAGAAUUCAUUAUUCAAUUAUAAAAUAUUUUGGUUUUAUUUUUUAUACUCUGUGGCAUGCAUUUCGAAGAGCUUGAAUGUAUUUCAGCUGAGAGGGGUAACAAAGUUGGAAAAGGUAGCGAACAUUCCUGUCUACCUAUUUCAAUUUUUCAGCAAUGUGAUAAGGAGGGAUGUUCUUUACUUCUUCUUUUCGUUGGCGGAGGAAAAUCCAUUCAUUGCGAAUAGUCUGAACAUUUCUCUGGUGGAAAUUUUUCGAAAAAUUAGUCUUCUGCUAAUUCUGCUAUCGGAAAAGAACUUGAAUGAACAGAAUUUUUGCAACAAUAGCACUUUGCACAUAUGUGGGUUGUAUUUGUAUAAUAAUUUGCUGUCCUACCUGUUUAUGUUGCUUAGUAAGAAUAAAAUAUUUUUUACCCACCUAUUUUGGGGAAAAUUGCGAAGGGCGUACGACCUGCUUCAGGGGGAGGACGGUUCACAGCUGAGCGACAUGGACGAUGUCGUUUCGAAUUAUUCAUUUAGGAAGUUUGACGAAAUGAGUGGCGGCAGCGGGGAUUGCAACAAUGGUGAGUUGCUUUUUCUGGACGAUGACUUUUUGGAAGGGAAUUGCGCGGAAGGGGUGGGUGAAGGCAUGGAUAACGACGCGGACGAAGUGGAUAACGUGGACAACGCGGCGGAGGAUGACCCCGAUGUGGAUGAAGGGGGGGGGAUAUACGUCGAGGUGGACGAGGAGGAAAAUGAAAAAAAUGCACACACGAAUGAGGAAGGGGUGCAAAACUACUCAAGGAACACAAAGAGCCUUUCGAGCGACAUCUCAUUUCAGCAGAGCGAUGCGAACGACAGCAUGUACGAGACGGGGACGAAUGGCGAAAGCUGGAAAGGGGAAGUUCUUUUCUACAAGGAGAUGAAAAACUAUUUUCUGAACAAAAAAAAAAAAUUAAAAAGUAGGAGAAAGAAGAAGAAUAAGAAUAGGGAAACGAAUAAGGAAACGAAUAUGAGAAGCAAUACAAAUAAGUGGAGUCAUCCCAAAGGGGGGGGGACAACCGACAAUGUGCAUAGCAAUGGCACCUCUCAGGGGAACAUCAACGGCGGGGAUGGAGACCAGAGUAGGGAAAAUAAAAUUGUCCAGUUGCUAAACACGGUUUAUUUUAACAUAUUCCUUUUGAAGGACAAAAAGAGGGAACACAUCAAAAUGUUACUAAAAACGCUGAAAUGUAUAAAUCAUAAUUUGGUUCUGAACGGUUCCGAAAAUGAAUACCACAAGUACACAACGUUGCUCAUGUUACAGAAGAAGAGAUACAUUUAUCAGUCCCUGUCUCUGUACGUUUUUAUGGACAUACAGGAUUUUUUCACCAUUUUGGUAAGUGAAAAUAUAUUUGGGUCCAUCAUCGAUGAGUGGUUAAAUGAUAUAUUUUAUAUCUACCAAAAUUCGGAGGACUUGAAGUAUUUCAUUUUUGCCUUUUCGAACAUAUUGAUAUAUCUGUGUAUGUAUGAGCAGAAGAAAAGGGAAUCGGGUGGUUGCGCUGCCGAGGGGGAAGAAGAAAAGGAAGAACAACAAAAGGGCUUUCCUUUCCUCAAAAGUGCCAGCAGUAUCAACAGCAAUAUCAACAGCAGCAUGAACAACUUUGAUACCAUUUUGAGAGAAAUAAAAUUGGAAUUUUUCGAUGAAUAUGCCAUAGGAGAGCUGAGGGAAAGACUACCUCGAAUUAUCAACGCUGUGGUGAAUGUCUUUCUCAUUCUUCCUAUACCGUACGAGGAAAACGUGAAAGUGUUUAAGAAAAAUAUCCUUCGGAGAUUAGCCCCCAUUUGUGGUGAAGGAGACAAUAUCGAAAACAAUAAUUUGCUAAAAUUUAACAGUGAUAACAGCGCUACGGAUAAUUUGAGUGUCACUUUCAAGGAAAUGCAUUUCAACGAUUUGCUCCAAAAUAUUGAAUUCAUGCAUUUGAAUAAGUACGAACAGAAGUUUUACGAGAGGAACCAGAAUUCCUUAAAAUUUUCCUACGACAAUGUGGUUCAUAUUAACAAAUCGGAGGACUUAAUCCUUUACGAUAAAAAAAUAUCCGUCAACUAUUAUUUCCAAAGUGGAAUACAUGACGAUUUUGUGUAUAGGCUCGUUUCCGAGUGCACUGACGAGCAUUUUAAAAUAGCUCUGUACGCACGGAAAGCCUUUUCCUUAGUAAAUCAGGAAUUUUUUUCGAAUGAUGAUUUGAUCGCCAUUCUUGGCUGCUCUGACAAGUAUUACAACUUUAUCAAUGUCAUUCGAUUAGACAUAUGA